GCAAGUUAUUUCAACAAAACUGACAACAUCCAUUUUCAUAGUAACAUAUACUACACCAGAACUCUGAAAAUGCCAGAGGGAAAGCAGUUUGGGGUUCUUAAUUGUUUUACUUUAGCCUUUAUCGUUUUUCUAUUUAUCAGUUGUUUUUUGCUUUUAAUAGAGUCUGUUCUAUUCAAAAUUUUCAGCUCACAUGGCUUUUAAAAAGAAUUUGUGGUUUGAAUUAAACCCGACUGGAAACUGACUUCAUUUGAAAAAGAUUUCUCUUCAAAUUUUUUCCUACACUGGCAUUCAUUUAGAUAGAAAGCAGUAAAGGAGCCACACAGAUACUUUGGAGGAAAGGGACAAGGCUUCACAAGAAACAGCACAUGCUUUCCUUUCAUUUCUGGGAGUCCCGGGGUCAACCUACAGAUGCUGCUUCCUCCGUGGCCGAUGGCAUUCAGACUCCUCACUGCUGCCGAUGGUGCAAGGCAAACAACUGGACAGGACAGCUCAGCUACAGAACACUGGCCACAGUCUCGGCCAGAGCAGCAGCCCCCCAGCCACAGACCACCUCCACCACCUCAUCCAGGAGCCUUCCCACCUCCCUCAGGCUUGCUGCGGCCCCGCCACAGGGGCUGAAGAACUGGGAGGUGGUGGCAGCAGUGGCAGCGGUGCCUACAGCCUUGGGGCUAGUCCAGAUACGUGGGACCCUGCUUCGGGCAACUCUGCAGCCCCUCCGGGGCCGGAGACGGACCCAAGACUUCCCCAGCGCUCACCAUUGUCUCUUCCUGUCGCUGAAACCUGGGCAAGGGCUCAUAAUGGAAGCUGCCCCUCCUGAGCUGAAUUGGAAAGCAAGUCAGGCGGAGGUGGGGGACGGAGUGAGCAGUGCUCAAGACAGCCAGGAGCUCAAGCAGCAGCUGUGGCCACUUCCCAAGCCUUCAGCCUCCUCCCAGCGAGAAGCGAAAUAUGUGGAGAUGUGUGCUUCAGCUGAAGUCCAGAGGGAGAGUCCCCGGACCAUGAAACUUACCCUGGGGCACUGCCCUGGGGGUCAGAGGGCCUCUAGGAGCCCAGAGGAGAAAGCCCAAGAUGAACCCAGCAGUCGAAAGUGCAAGACUCCAAGCCCCCAGAACAAUCCUGCCUCCUCCGAACUCUCUAGAUCCCAGCACUCCGCCUCUGAAGAGGGUGGCAACUUCUCAUCUUCCUCAUCCUCCUCCCCAAUGAACAAAGCAGAAGAGGAUGGCCUUUCCAAAAUGGAGGACUCCACCACAUCCACAGGGGCUCUGGCCACCUCCUCUUCAUCCUUAGGCUUUGAGAGUGAGAGUGGCGAAAGUGAAGGUUGCCAGGCCGUGGGAGGAGAAGGAGAGAAAAUAUCAGGAGGAGGGGGAGGAAGAAAAGGAGGAGGGGGAGGAGGGGCAGUAGAUGGAACAGAGUGCAGGGACAUUAUUGCCAAGUCCCAGGGCAGCAGGGACCCCCCCAAAGUCGAAGAGGCUCACUACAUCACCACCCAUGAGAUCCAGCUGAGUGAGGUGGAACAGGACAUGGAUUUCGACGUGGGACUGGCCUCCCGCUGGGAUUUCGAGGACAACAACGUGAUCUACUCGUUCGUGGAGUAUGCUUCCUUUGGUGGCAGCGACGAGACCCCAGGGGACAUCACCAGUCUGACCGAAGAGGACGACGACAACAGCUGCUACCUCAGCACCACUCCCAGCACCAACACCACCCGGACGCCCAGCCCUACCAGCAGCGACCUGGCCCGCCCCAAUGCAGGCCACAGUGGCCGCGACACCAGCAGCACGGAAGUGGGCAGUGGCCCCUCUGACAGUGGCCCCACUCCCCCACCCACUGGGCCUGGCACUGCCCCCCUGACUGAGCCCUUGCCCGAGACCCCGGAGGCAGCUUCAGGGGCAGCAGCCGCCGCCGCAAGCAGCUGUGGGAGUGCAGCAAGCCAGAUCCUCCUAUCAAUCAAACCGGCUUCCCGGGCUAUAAAUGAGCCUAACAACGUGCGUGCAAAGCAAAACAUUAUUUAUGCUGCCAAGCAUGAAGGCGACAUGAGCCUCCGCGUCUCUACAGCUGCUGAAAACAAUUCAAGUUCGCUGAAGCAAAACCCGGCUGCAGCAGUGGCUCAGGACCAUGCAAAGAAAUUCAUUGCUGUCCCUGCUCGCCUGCAAACCAGGUGCGGGGCCAUCCGGGCGAAGGAGCUGGUGGACUACUCCAGCGGAGCCUCCAGUGCCGUGAGCGAACUGGACGAUGCGGACAAAGAGGUGCGUAACCUGACCUCCCGGGCCUUCCGGAGCCUGGCUUACCCCUACUUUGAGGCUCUGAACAUCAGCUCCCGAGAGUCCUCCACCACGCUCUCCGAAGUGGGCUUUGGGCGCUGGUCAACUUUCCUGGACUUAAAAUGUGGGGGUGUUGGGGCCAGGGUGGAGCAGAGCCUCCUCAGGAGCAGCGCAGCCUCUGUGGCUGCAGGUCUGAGGAAGGGCAGUGGGGCCCCGGCCACUGCCGACCAGCUCUACAUUCAGUCCAAGAAGUCUCAGACCAAGGCUUUGGAGUUCGUGGUCAGCAAAGUCGAGGGGGAAAUCAAACACGUGGAGACGCCCCUGUGUUUCCAGAAGCAGGUCCAGACAGGCUCCCGUGUCGUCACCCUUUUGGAGCCCCUGAAUGUACGCAAUGAGAGCAAAGCCAGCUCGGUCCCCGGGCCCGGCAGGGCCACCAAAGGCCCCGGCAAGGGUCCCGGGUCGGCAUACACGGACGACGGCUCCGAGACCUCCGAGGGCAGCAAGCCCGCCUCCCGCGCCGAUGGCCCCCAGAAGUCCAAGUUCGCCUCCAGUCUGCUCAAAAACGUCAUUUCCAAGAAGAUGCAGCGGGAACACGAGUUCAAAAUGGAGAGGGGAGAAGUCACAGAUACAUCCCACCACCUCGCAGGCACCUCCAAGGAGACGGAGGGUGCCCGCGGGAGCGAGAGGCAGGGAGAGAGGGGCCUGCAGAGGCAGAGCUCUCGUCACUCCGAGGCCGGCUCCGAGUACACCGUGGUCAGCAUGUCCGACGCGGGCGGGGAGGGGUCCGUGGCGGGCUCCAAAUCCCCAAUCUUCAAAGCCAGUACUCCUCGCGAGCGCAACGCAGGCCCUGGCCGGAAUUUCACCGAUGGACACACAGAAGUGUGUGAAAUUAAAAAGAGUGCCUCAGAGACCGUCAAGAGCAUCUUCCUCCGCAGUCAGAACAGUGCGUUCCGGUCAUGGAAGGAGAAAGAGGCCGAGAAGCGGGAGGAACAAGUCCCUAUAGGGAAGCUGAAGCUGCCCAAAGGAGGCGACUGGCGGGCCGAUCUCGGGGAGAUUUCUGCCAGCAAGAACACCAUCAUGUCUCGCCUCUUUGUCCCCAACAUCCAGCAGACACCCAAGGACAAGCAGCCGAGGAAGCAGGCCACCAAGUACCCUGCUGCUCAGGCCACCUCCACAGCGGUGAUCAGACCCAAGGCUCCCGAAAUCAAGAUCCGGCUGGGAAGUGUGCAGCAGCCGAGCUCAGACUUCAACAUUGCCAAGUUGCUCACGCCCAAGCUGGCCGGUGGCAGCGCCUCUAACCUGUUCAAGACCAUCGAGGACAACAGCAGGGCACAGCAGAAACUCUUCCGCGGGGACAACCUAGAAAAAGUGCCCCACUUCCAGGUGAGAGACAUCAGAGACAAGUCCAAGGCUCAAGGCCCCCUCCACCAGGUGAGAGAUGUCAGGAAACUAAUUAAAGGGUCAGGGGAUAGUAGUGACAAGGGCAGUGUUACCCCAGAGCAGGGGCUGACUGGACCCAAACCCAGGCAGCUGUCUGCAGCAGCUGGCGGAUCUGGAUCCCUGUCCCCCAUGGUGAUUACAUGCCAGGCUGUAGUGAACCAGAGGGAAGACAGCACGGACCGAGAGCCCAGGGAGAGCAUGGGCAAAUGGGGCGGCAGCAGAGUCUUGAAUUCUUCCUCCCCAGAAGGGACAGUCUUGGUUCACAGGGCAUCUGGCAGGCUGCCUGUGGCUACCAUUGCCCCCAAUAAGCCCGAGCAGGGCUCAUACCUGCCUGUGCUCAAGAUUGUCUCCAAGGCUUCCACCCAGAAGACCCCAGAGAAGCUCAAGGAGGAGGAGGUUAAGGAGGAAGGGAAAGCCACAAAGCCAGCCCGGAAUGCCCUGGAGAAGCUGACUGCAGCCGUGAGGUCCAUGGAAGAGCUGUACAGCUUCAACAGGAAUGAGUGGAAGCGCAAAAGCGACCCCUUGCCUAUGAUGAUGGACAGCCACGUGCUGUCGCUCAUUGCCAGUGAGGAGAGGGAAGGGGUAGUGGGAGCUGAGGGAGACCACGACAAGCUGUCCAAACGGCUGGGUGAGGUGGAAGAGCGGGGCACAGGAAACAAAGCUGGUGUGGUCCUGCGAGGGGCCCCCAUAGAACGUCUGCAGCGGAGAAACUCCAACCCCAGCGCUGAGAGUGUGUCUGCCAGGGCAGCGGCCUUUGAGAACCUGGCCAGGGAAAGACCCCGAUCUCUCUAUGUUCCCCCAGUCCACAAGGAUGUGGAGAGAACCCAACCCCUGCAGCCCCUCCCCCCACUCCCCAGCAACCGGAACGUGUUCACAGUGAGUGCCAGCAACAUCCAGAAAACUGGGGGUGUCGCUGGCAAGUUCCCACAAGGGCCUUCUCCGGAGAGUCCUUCAGCAGCUAAGGGCAUCAAAUCGCAGGGACUCCGGUCCCUCAAGAUCUCUCCAGCCACCCGGGCACCUCCUGAUGAGGUGACCAACAGGAAAAGUGGCAGCAAUUUGGAGAAGAGCAACAGUGACUGUGAGAAUUACCUGACCAUCCCUCUUAAAGGAAGCUCUGCUGCAGGGGAGCUUCUUAGCAGGCCUGGAGCUUCCAGGGAGGGGCACCCCAACUCUUCAGCUGCCACUCUCUGUAGUUUACCCCCGCUGAGUGCCCGCAGUCAGGUCCCCAGUAGCUCCAAAGGCUCUCAGGUUAGUGGAACCAGCCGACCAGCUUGGCGUACCAAACCUGACAACCACCGGGAGACAGUAGCUGCCCCCCCAGGGCCACAGAGCCCCGAGCAUCCCCCCACCACCAUCUACCACCAGCCGCUGCUGCCCUUCACCCUACAGGGGGCCCAGCCCCAGGUCCUCUGCUUCUCCCCACCCAGCAUGCCUGCCCCAGCACCUGCAGGCUCAGCUCCUGUCCCCACAGACCCCUUCCAGCAGCCACAGCCUCAACAGACCCAGCGUAAGAUGCUCCUGGAUGUGACAACGGGCCAGUACUAUCUGGUGGACACACCAGUACAGCCCAUGACCCGGAGACUGUUUGACCCUGAGACAGGGCAGUAUGUGGAUGUGCCCAUGACCUCCCAGCAGCAGGCUGUGGCUCCCAUGUCCAUCCCUGUGCCUCCCUUGGCCCUGAGUCCCGGGGCUUAUGGACCCACCUACAUGAUUUACCCUGGGUUUCUGCCUACCGUGCUGCCCACCAAUGCCCUGCAGCCCACACCAAUUGCUCGCACUCCAGGAGGCAGUGAGCUCUCCCCAAUGGUGGCAGAGCCUUCCAGCAAAGAGGCAGCUGCAACGUUCACUGAGGCCCCAUACUUCAUGGCUUCUGGUCAGUCUCCAGCCUCCUCAUCCUCCUCAGCCCCAACAGCCACAUCCCAACUCGUAGGGGCCAAGGGCUUUGCUCAGCUGCAUGGCAAGCCUGUCAUCAGCAUUAGUUCGCAGCCCCUGGGGCCACGGAUCAUUGCUCCCCCUUCCUUUGAUGGCACCACCAUGAGCUUUGUGGUAGAACACAGAUGAUGAGCAGCCACCAGGAAGCGGAAUGAAAAACUGCUGGAGCAAGACAAAAAGAUGGAGUAUUCUUCUUUAAUCUGGAAUUUGCAUUGUAAUAGCACUAAGAAUUAAUUCAUCUGAAAAACUUCUUCCACAUGUGUUAUUCUUAAUUUUUGCUUCUUAUAAGCCAAGUGUGUAAGUUUCUAUAUUUUUCUGAACAAUCCUUUUAAGGCAGUUUUUAUUUUAAUUUUAUUAAGUUGAUUGAAUGGUUGCAUUUUUUUCCCUUUAUGACUAUUUCUUUUUAUACUUCAACACAGGAUAUAAGCUUUCUAUUCACCUCCCUCCCCCCUGUACUUGUGACUCGACAAACAAUUCCUUUGUUCCCAUUGUUCAUUCAAAACAUGCAACAGAAUGGGAUUGAUUCUGUUGUAAACCAAGCUAGUAAAUGAGUAAUUUGGAUCAUGAAUCUCCUUAUAGGUUCUUGGAAUAUAUCAAGACUAGCUGGCUGAGUUGUAAUACAUAUUUAAGUUUUCAAUAUGAUGGUCUGCUCUUUGAAUCAUAUAUCAGCCAAACCUACCCAUUCUCUUGGUUAUGCUCUAUAUGUUCUUUUAUUAGGUUUGGCAUGAUUUCAAAUGUGAUUGUGAAAAAUGGUGGUUUUAAUGUUUGUGCUUUAUUUUAUUUUCCCAUUUGUACAAUGCCACGACACUAUUUGUUGCCUUAAAAUAGAAUGGCUUGAAAUAUUGGAAAGCCAAUGAUUGCAUCUAAAAUUAAGUACUUAGUCUCAGAAAGGUAUAAAAUUUUCCUUUAAGAAUCCAAUUAUUUUUGUGGGUGCAUAGCAUUUUUCUUUUCUUCAAUAAUUCCCUCCAUAGUUGCAUACUCAUGUCUCUCAUGGAUUGUUUGGAGUCUAAAGAGUGACCCAUUUGGGGCAGUAGAGUAGAAUAUGGCACUAAUUCAGUGGCUCUGAUUCACUCCAGCCCUAGCCUCCCUAUCCCAAUAACAGUAACCUAGAGUUACAGCACUUGCUCCUUAUGAGGAUGAGGCAGGUUUGAAGAGAUGUCAAGAAUCCAAAUCAUGGAAUCUUUUAUCGACAUUUAAUACUGUCUCAGCUGUAACCCAAUUCUGAAGGCUAUUUGAGUGAGUGUUCACAGGGAGUCUUGAAGACUGGAAGACUUGAUUGAACAGAUAAAUAUUUAGCUUGUCAUAAUAAGUGUAUCGAUAUAUACUUGGCAAAUGUUACAUUGAAAUAUUACUUAAUUACUUUUUAAAGGAAUAAUUUGAAGGUUUUCCCAGGAUUUUUUUUUUUUAAGAAUCUCCUUUUAUUUACCAAUUUGUUUAAAGAUAAAGCAUUCUGGUAAUUUUUUAAACACACUAUUAUUAUUUUAAACAUCAGCAAUAUUUGAUUUCUGCUUAAAUUUUCUUCAUAAGCCACAGAAUUUUAUGCUACUCAUGACAAAAAGUGUGAGUAAAAAACUAGGAGACUGAGUUUUGUAUGAUUUAUAUAAUCUUAUUACUUUGUAGUUAUGCUUCCCAUCUCAGACUCUUAAAAAAAACUUAAUUUCACUUUCAGGGCCUUCCUUUAAGGGAUCUUACUCUGAAGAAAAGUUCUCUUGGGUAUAGGGAGAGGUUUGAGGCGGGAAUAGUCAGCUCUGAUCACGAUUCAAUUGCUUGUUGUGCUGAUGAGCUAUGAAAUGAAGCUGUAGACUUUAUGAGACAUGAAAUAUGAAACAUAGUCUCUGUGUAUAAAAAAGAUGCCCUUGUGCCAAAUUCAAGAAAAAGAUAUUUCUUUAUCAUAGAGGUCUUCUUACCCAGGCACAUCAAUCAACUCCCCCCAGAACUUACUUAAGUUUUCUCCACUGAGGAACAAAUCUUAUGGCAUCAGAACUUCCUCGUUUUCAGGAGAGAUUGGCUGGGUAUAAGGUAACUUAAUAUUGACCCAAGAAAGUAGAACCCCUUUCAGAAAUCUUACACUUAUUUUACUGAAAGCAGCACCAAGAAACCUGCAGUAUUUGAAUAUACCUGGUGAAACCUAUACAGGAUUUGGGUGGAUAGUACCAAAAUUGUUAAGACUGGUUUAAAGCCAAAUGCGACUUUCAGGAAAAACCGGUGGCCAUGUUGAAUAGUGACUGCUCGCCAACUCUUCCAAAAGAGAGACAACUCCUUCUCUAGAAAAUGUGGUGGAGUUGAGGGCUUGGGACCCCUAAUCUAUGUAUCAGUGUUUCUUGCCAGCAGAUUUGAGUUUUGAAUUCUCACACUGAGGUAAAUUAGGACACAAACUAAGGAAAGAAAGAAAAAGCUUUUCAUUUGUUUGUUCUAUACAAGAGCCUUCACAUUUUAGGAAGUUGCCAAGGACACAGUGAUGUCCAAGUGGUUAAAAACGCAACUUUUAAAUAAUGUUCUAUUAAUAUUAUGUCAUCUAUUGAUAAUUUUAUGGUUCUCUAUUUCACCAAAUCAUACAAAGCUGCUAGGCCAUUCACUACCUCCAGUGAUAGGGAAAAAAAUAUUUUCAGGGGCAUGAGGUAAAUCUCAAUCUUUAUUUUUAUUGUUUUGUCAUUUCUUGAGGUUGCAUGAAUAUUUGAAUGAAGUGAUAUAUCCUUCCUUUUAUAACUCAAGUGGAAUCAAACAAGAGUCUAUGAAGCCUUCUGACCCAUAAAACUAUUACCCUAAUAAUGUCCCUUUAGUUACUGAACUUCCCUUUUAUUUUUUAUUACUAUAAAACCAUUAGUAAAACAUUUCCUAAAUAGUGCCUUGAACUUGAAUCUAAUCAGAAUUGCAGAGUCUGGCUUUUAUAAUAUCCUCUUAGGGUUAUAUGUGUGGCUCAGUUUUCCAGAAGACCCACUUGUUACUUGUUGAUAAAAUGGUCAUAUUUAAAAUAUGUCCUAUUUCAAUCGUUUCUGGAAAACUGAACACGUUUGUAACCAUAUAAAAAUUUAAUUCACCAGAAUGUAUUUUUUUAAAAAGUACUCAAUGAAAUUGCCCUCAGGAUUAAGUGAAGGCCCAGAUAUGUAGGUAAUGACAUAGCAGAUGGGUUCUCUAUAUGUCCAUUUAUCAUGGAGUAAAUAAGCUAAAGCAAAUUACACCUUAUAUCUUUGUAACAAAUCUCAACUAUUGACAUGCAUUUCUAAUACAUCCUUAUGUCACUGGAAAUAUCUGGUGAUAUAGAUUCCUUUUUCGUAUUUUCAAAUUUGACAUUAUCAUCCUUGCCUCUUAAAAAGAUACAUUUUAAUUGUUUUCAUACUUCAUAGAAAUCAAAGUCUGUGUUUGCUACAAAUUGAAUGCUCACGUUACCUGAAAUAAUACUUUGGACUGCAGGACAGGACAGUAUUGAUUCCUAAGUAGAUUGACUAUAAUCUCAUGAUAAGUAUGUAUAUGUGCAUGGGAAAACAACAUUCAAUAAUAGUCUUUGUGUUUAAAAACUAUCAUGGUAUACAUUUUCUUAUGUGGUGCUUGAGGAGUUUCAUUCUACAGUUUACAAGGUGUAGUUUUGCACCCCAAAUUCUCAGGGUAUGCUAUUUCACCCAAAUACUUGAAAGAAAAAGGUGCCCUGUAUUUUAUCAGUACUGUUGAGGGGGAAAUUUUUUGUGUAAGUUUGUUUGAUAAAACUGCUUAUAAAAAUCAAAUUCGCAAAAUAUGUUAGGCUUUCACAUAAUUUCUAAGGAGAUAUAUGUAGAAAUAAGAUAUAUAUUAUCAAGAGACUGCUUAUAUAUUCUUAACUAGCUUCUGGGUCCUAAGUAGACCUCACAGGUGCAUAAAAUCAUUAAUAAAGCAUGUAGCACUUGCUAAUUGGUGCCUUAAGCUUGAAUCUAAUCAGAACUGCAGACUCUGGUCCUGUGGGGAAAAAAACAUGUCCGUCUGUGGCACAUGUGAGUACUAGGCCCAGGGGAAGAGUCUGAAAAUUGAACUCUUUUGUAUGUCCUGUGUCUCAGAAGAGAACUGAAUGUUCAGAGCAGCAUUUGUAAGCUGUUAACAUUCAGUAUUUUGUGUUGCAACUAGAACGCAUUAUUAGAUUUAUUCCUGUUUAAUUCAUAAUGGUGCAGAAUAAAACACACACACACAUCUGAUUUGAUUUCUUUUUCUUUUUUUAAGUUUCAUAAUUGCUUUUUAUGGCUAGCGUUAAUGGCAAAAAGUCCUUCCCAGGACUCCCUGAGUAAUCUACCAUAGCUGUAUCCAUAGAAGGUCAUGCUUUCUUUUUAUCCCCACUUUGAAGACGUGUGUUUCUGUAUUUACACAUAAAUCAUACUAUUGUAUAGUAAAGACAGCAGUGGUUGAAAAGAAUGUGAACACUGUAGAAGUUAUGUUGGAAAAAAGGAGAGUAAAUUGUGUGACUAAUGGGGAAGGAUAUUGGAUAAUGUUGUACCCCGGACUAUGAAAAAAGCUGGUGGUAAAUGGGAAGAAUGUGAAAUUUUAAACUGCUCUCAACGUAGAAAUCUGGGUGGAAAAGUUCCUACCUGAGGUCUGAUAUGAUUCAAUUGUAGAAUGCAAUGAGCUUGGCCAAGGGGACUUUGAAUCCAGCCAAGGGGACUUUGAAUCUCGACAGCUCUGAGAAUCACAUUUUCAGUGCAUUGAAUAUGGAGUAAACUAUUUAGACAAGGAUUCUGUGAGACUAGGCUACUUACCUUUAAUUGCUAGCAUUUGUAAAUGAUUGUGCAAUCUUGUGUAAUGGUCGUUUAUUUUGACUGUUUUGGAAAAAAAAAUGUUUUAUUGUUUUUUUUUCCCAGUAAAAAUUACUUCAAAGAAAA